CUGGGAAAGUAGAAAAUAUUUGAAGAUCCCGAUCAUAUCCCGGCUGGGGUUAACUUACCGACUUUACCCCUUGCAUUGCUGUUUUUUCAUUAGCACGCUAUCUAGUAUUCUUCACAGCGAUAAAAACACCUGACAAAAUGUAGGCAAGUAGUUAUUGACCUCGCUUAGCUGGGCAUCUUGCAUACCAUAUGCAUAGCUACCGUCUGUCGACUGCACCUUAUUACCGAAGAAAGCCGUGAAACCUGACUUUGGUUGCCGCUUCCUAUAGCCGGCUGUGUAAGCACUGUAGUGAUAGCCGAAGAAUGUCCGUGCAUCUGGUAUACAUGUGUAGCAGAAUUUUGGGAAGAAUUGUCUGUGUGUUGCCUGCCGUCUUUUGUCUUGUCUGUGUUCCCAUUGGAAUAGUACGUAGGUAGAAUGGAUUGAUCAUGUUUGCGUCAAAGGUGGUCAUAUGUAACCACUAUCGGCAGAUAUCCACCAGAACCAAGGAAGGCAGGUAGAUAACUAAACAUACUGUACCAGGCAGGAGUCUUCGUCCUCUCUUAUUUUCUCCCUCCCGAAAUCCGCACCCGAGAUGCUAAGCAGUCCAGUUAGUAUCUGCAGGAUGCAUUUCCAAGAUAAGUAUGAGCAUGUCAGAAGAUCCGAAAAAGAAGUGCGAAGGAUUCUUCAGCUGAGCCUCCUCUUCCUGUCUCUCUCUCGCCAUCAUCUGCAGAUGCGAGCGAGCGGGGCAAGAAGAGUGUUGGCACUUGGCAGGCGAGAAGUAGUGAUGUAUGCUAGGUGUAAGUUAGUCAGUUCGUUGUCUGAAUAAUGUACGGUGUAAUACAUAUAGUACCUGCCUAACUGGGCAAUUGGUCUGUUGAGCAUUGCUUAAGUGUCCGUUUCAAAGCUUAAAGGAUUAGAACUCCUCCGUAUUUAGUUAAGAAGUAAAGAUAGUAGACUUAAUCUUUUAUCUAAAUAGGUGACUUUUUGUUUUUCUUGUAAAG